AUGCUUCAGAGCACUUUGACUCUGGCACUUGCCUCAUGCAACGGCUUCCCUGACUCUUCGAGAUUGCUAUACGUGCCCGUGGCAUCUCCGCCCCGGAAAGACUCUCCUCCACGCUUGCGUUUGCCUAGCUGGAAGGUUACCCAGUUGUUCUUUGAGAAGAGGUUUGAUUUCAUCAAAGAUGGCUUCAAGGCUACCUCAUCUUCCAUCUACCAGACCAGUCUGUUCCGGCAUAACGCCAUCGUCCUAUCCGGAGAUGAAGGUCGACAGGUCUUCUUCAAGGAGAAGGGUCUGUGUCUAUAUGACACAUUCUCAAUUAUGAUGGGCAGCGGUGCUGCUAAAUUUGACCCCCACCAAGUCGGUGGUGUAGUCAGACGAAUGGCUUCGAUUCAACGACCUGACAAUCUCCAGAAAUUGAUUCCAUUGAUUCUGUCGGAAUCCCAGCGGAAAAUGAAUGCAUGGGGUCGCGAGCGUAUUCUCGACCCCUGCUCUUCACUUCACGAGGUCGCUUUCCAGUUGGUCAUGCGCAUUGCUUCCUUUGAUAUCGCCAAUGAUCCAGUUCUUUCAGCUCGUCUCAAGUCACUUGUGGACACUGUCGACUCUAUCACCAACCCAUACUCCACUUGGCUCCCUUGGUUACCUAGCCCGGCCUUGUUCCACAAGUUCUUUGCUUCUGUUCAGAUUUACAGAAUUGUUCAAGCGGCCAUUAACGCCAGAAAGAGGAGCGGAAUCAAGAAGGAUGAUAUGCUACAGCAGAUGAUUGACGAGGGAGAUGGUACAAUUCAAAUCUUUGGGUGUAUGCUAGGGCUCUCACUGGCUGGAGCUCGUGCCACCGGAACGAUCGUGACAUGGUUGAUCAUGCAAAUCACCUCGGACCCGGUCUGGUCCUCAAAUGUUCAAGAGGAGGUCAAGACCUUCAUAUCUACUCACACAUCAUCACCUUCCCUCUCCGGGGACGCUCUCAUCCAAGCCCUCUCAGAGAUCCCACUCACAGCCUGGGAAUCUCAGACACCCAAUCUCGAUCUCUGCAUACGUGAAACACUGCGCACCUCUCAGCCAUACACAGCAGUGCGGAAGAACAUCGGCCCAGAUGUUACAAUCGGGCCAUACGUUAUCCCCUCGGGGUCUCUCGUUGUGUACCCAUUUUCGGACACAGCACUCAACCCGAAGUACUACCCGGACGCAACUCGCUGGGAUCCGUCUCGAGGAAUUGACAAGGAAACACCGUUUAUCGGCUGGGGUGGGGGGAAGCAUGCUUGCAAAGGCCAGCGACUUGCUACGUUGAGCAUGAAACUGAUGGUUGUUUAUGCUCUGAUGCGGUUUGAUAUUACGAUGGUUGAUGGGCAGGGCAAAAAGAUCAACCGUCUUCCCCUUCCCGAUUGGAAUGAUUCUGCGACUUGUCGCCCAAAGGAGCGAUGUGGAAUCAAGUUCGUUGAGAAGUAG